AGGCGCCACCCACUAACGCUAUGCACAAGAAGAAAAGCGACAUCAGAGGAGGGGAUUAGAGUUAGCGUGACAGUCAGCAGCGCACAGGUACUGAAGUGUGUCUCCACCGGGUCUCUUAUUCGUCACUCUCACACACACUUGUUGGACAUGGGCUUUGUUCUGACCAAGAUGAUGGCGGUUUUCGGUGACAGAGAGCACAAAGUCAUCAUUGUGGGUUUGGACAAUGCUGGAAAGACCACCAUCCUCUAUCAGUUUCUGACAAAGGAAGCAGUGCACACAUCACCAACCAUCGGCAGCAACGUGGAGGAGAUCACCGUACGUAAAACACACUUCUUGGUUUGGGAUAUCGGAGGACAGGAGAGCCUUCGAGCCAGCUGGUACUCAUACUACUGCAACACAGAGAUUGUCAUCCUGGUCGUGGACAGCACCGACCGUGAACGUCUCACUCUCACCAAGGAAGAACUGCACCAAAUGCUCGCACACGAGGACCUACAGAAUGCAGCCGUCCUUAUUUUGGCCAACAAACAGGACGUGAAGGGCUCGAUGACGGCGGCAGAGAUCUCCCAGUGCCUCACCCUCGACUCCAUCUCAUCGCACUCAUGGCAUGUUCAGGCCUGCUGCGCCCUCACAGGAGAGGGUCUACCUGCCGGUCUGAACUGGAUGAAGUCUCGGGUUGUCGCCAACUAGAACGCGCAUCAGACGCAGCGGAUCAAACCUCCUCAUACUGAACCGACCACGGGGGGCACGUGUCAGGAUUAUUUACAGUGUUAUUGGGCGAAAGUCCUGUGAACAUGGCAUUAUGUGAUAGAGCCCGCCUCGCCACCUACAGCAUGCCUUACUCAGCUGUGUGAGGCCUCAUGGUGGACGGACAGCAGAGCAUCAUUGGGGAUCUCAGAGCCGGUUGACUUUUGCACUGUUCAGGAACCGCUCGGUUAUAUUUUAAUAAUCUGGUUAACUGGUGGCGUUUUUUUUCACAGUUGUGGUCAUGACGAUGUACCACAACUGUGACACGUGAAGUGACACGUGUAGACAGCUGCACCAUGUUCGUGAGACAUCCUACCAGACCAAUAGUCUCCCUCUCUCCUCUGAUCCCUAUGGGAUUCUUUCUUUUCACUGGGGUUAAUCACGUCUUACUUUAUUGGACUGCAAAGUAGUAAUUAAACUCACUCAUUCAUUAGAAUUGCUCAAACUGAGUAAGUUGUACUAAAGACGUUACAACCUACAUUUGAGUCACAGGUGAUAAUUGAAAACACUAAAACAUAUAUUUACCGGGUAAAAUGUUGUUUUAUUAGGCUAAUCUGGGGCCCGUUCAUUGCUCCUGUGCCUACACAUUAAGUUGUGAGCAUAACAAUCAUGAUCUCAUUUUGUCCUUUUGAUUGGUGAGUCUUGUCCCCGAUGACUAUCUUGUCUUACUUUAAUGUAACUAUUUCUGCUGCAACCCAAUUUAAUACCUUACUUUUUCUAAAAACUAAUUUCCAGUGGCAAACCGAGUUUAGUUGCAUUAAAAGCUCAUGCCUCUAUCGUGGAAGACUUUUACACAAUAACUGAGACUCCUGUGGCCUCAGAAACUCAGCAAUGUUGGGAUUCAAGUCUGCACAUGUUAUAUUAAUAUUGUAUGCAUUGAACAACAAGACUCUUUUGUGAGACCUAAAUAUGUUUAGUUACAGAUGGUAAUCUAUUUUUCAGAAAAUAAAGCUCUAUUAUCUGUAUAUUAUAGAAAAGAGCUAGCUGCUAAGGACUGAUUCAUAUUUUGACAGUAUAUAUUGUAUUGUGUAAUUUUAAAAUAAAGAAGUAUUAUGAAUAUUACAAA